AUGACUACCAUCGUCGGCGUGGGCAACUGGUCGGCCCAGGACCGGGGGGGCAUCAUGCGGGGGACUCCGCCUGGGCCCUGGAUAUGCUUCUUGCGGCGCCUGCGGCGGGUGUGCAGGGUGGUAGUGGUCGACGAACACAGGACUUCCAAACUGUGCUGCGCCUGUCACACCUCCCUGCACGCCCACCAGUACAUGCGGGUGCGCCGAGGCGAGGAGAAGCUGGUGGACGUGUGGGACACCAAGCGGUGCACGAACAAGGGCUGCAACGUCAACGUCGUCAACCGCGACGUGAACGGAGCGGCCAACAUCCUGAUGCUAGCCAAAGUGUCGAGGGCACUUGCCCGUUUCCGCAGUGGACCGCCCACCGCCAAGGACCUGCUGGCAUGCCGAGGGCGGCUGGCGCGUGGACUGCCCCGGCAACAGCCGGCUCGCAGCUCCGCAUCGGUUGCCAGGGCGGCAUCCACCCUGCAGCAGGCCUCGCCUGCAUCUCCUGCCGCCGCCGCGGUGCUGCAGAAGCUGACUGCCGCGGGGCCGGGCGUCCUGCAGCUGUACCGCAGCCCCGGCCUGUCGGCCUCCAAGGCGGCCACGCUGCUAAAGCAGGCCCAGGCCAAGACCCUGCCCGAGGUCACGGAGAUGGACACCGAGUUGUGCUACAACAUCUCCCUGUCCCAGCCUCUGACCGCGGCCGAGGCCGAGACUCUGGCCUGGUUGCUGCGUGAGACCUUUGAGCCGGAGCGGCUCACCCCCGACUCCAGCUUCCAGCUGGAGCCCCAGGAUGCCGUGGUCGAGGUCGGCCCGCGCAUGAACUUCAGCACGGCCUGGUCCGCCAACGCGGUGAGCAUCUGCGCCUCCUGCGGCCUGGGCAAGGUGGAGCGCGUGGAGGUCAGCCGCCGCUUCCGCCUGCGCGGCGGCGCCUCCACGGCCCAGCUGGCGGCCUUUGCCGCCAGCGUGCACGACCGCAUGACGGAGGAGGUGUACCCCACGCCCCUGACCUCCUUCGCCUCCAGCGUGAUCCCCGCCCCCGUCUUCACGGUGCCCGUGGUGUCGGAGGGGCGGGCGGCGCUGGAGCGCGUCAACGCCUCCAUGGGCCUGGCCUUUGACGACCGCGACCUGGACUACUACACCGACAUGUUCCGCAGCGGCAUGGCCCGGGACCCCACCAAUGUCGAGCUGUUCGACAUCGCGCAGUCCAACUCGGAGCACUCGCGCCACUGGUUCUUCCGCGCCGCGCUGACCGUGGACGGCGCGCCCGUGCCCGAGUCGCUGAUGGGCGUGGUGAAGAGCACGCUGGCGGGCUCCGCCCCCAACUCGGUGCUGGCCUUCAAGGACAACUCGUCCGCCAUCCGCGGCGGGCCCGUGCGCACGCUGCUGCCCGAGACGCCCGGCGCGCCCUCCGCGCUGGCGCCCGCGCGGCGCGACCUGGACCUGCUGCUGACCGCGGAGACGCACAAUUUCCCCUGCGCGGUGGCGCCCUACCCCGGCGCGGAGACGGGGGCGGGCGGCCGCAUCCGCGACACCCACGCCACGGGCAUCGGGUCGCUGAUGGGCGCCGCCACGGCCGGGUACUGCGUGGGCAACCUGCUGCUGGAGGGCUACGACCUGCCCUGGGAGCAGGCCGACGCGGCGUACCCGCCCUCCCUGGCGCACCCGCGCCAGAUCCUGACCGACGCCUCCAACGGCGCGUCGGACUACGGCAACAAGUUCGGGGAGCCGCUGGUGGCGGGGUACACGCGCUCCUUCGGCCAGCGGCUGGCGGACGGCUCGCGCCGCGAGUGGCUCAAGCCCAUCAUGUUCUCCGGCGGGCUGGGCCAGAUCGACCACGGGCACCUGGAGAAGACCCCCCCCGGCCUGGGCAUGCUGGUGGUCAAGAUCGGGGGCCCCGCUUACCGCAUCGGCAUGGGUGGCGGCGCGGCCAGCUCGCUGCCCUCCGGCUCCAACUCCGCGGAGCUGGACUACGACGCGGUGCAGCGCGGCGACGCCGAGGUCAGCCAGAAGCUGUGGCGCGUGGUGCGCGCCUGCGUGGAGCUGGGCCCGGCCAACCCCAUCCUGUCCAUCCACGACCAGGGCGCGGGCGGGAACUGCAACGUGGUCAAGGAGAUCAUCUACCCGCUGGGCGCGGAGAUCGACGUGCGCGCGGUGCACCUGGGCGACGCCACCAUGUCGGUGCUGGAGAUCUGGGGCGCGGAGUACCAGGAGAACGACUGCCUGCUCAUCGCACCGAAAGACCGGCCGCUGCUAGAGGCGCUGGCCGCGCGCGAGCGCUGCGGCGUCCAGGUCAUCGGCACCAUCGACGGCUCGGGCCGCGUGCGCGUCGUCGACCGGCAGGCGCCCGCGGGCGCGCCCACCCCCGUGGACCUGGACCUGGAGCUGGUGCUGGGGGACAUGCCGGACAAGGCCUACGCCUUCAGCCGGUCCCCCGCCCCCGCCGCGCCGCUGGACCUCGCGGGCGCCACGCCGGCUGACGCGCUGGACCGCGUGCUGCGCCUCCCCGCCGUCGCCUCCAAGCGCUUCCUGACCAACAAGGUGGACCGCUGCGUGACGGGCCUGGUGGCCCAGCAGCAGGCGGUGGGGCCUCUGCACACGCCGCUGGCCGACGUGGCGGUCGUGGCGCAGAGCCUGUACGGCCGCACCGGCGCGGCCACCUCCAUCGGCGAGGCGCCGCUCAAGGGGCUGCUGGACCCCGCCGCCAUGGCGCGCCUGGCGGUGGGCGAGGCGCUGACCAACCUGGUCUGGGCGCCCGUCACCGCGCUGGAGCACGUCAAGGCCUCGGUCAACUGGAUGUACGCGGCCAAGAUGGGCGGAGAGGGCGCGGCCAUGGUGGACGCCGCGCUGGCCAUGCGCGAGGCCAUGGCCGUGCUGCGCAUCGGCGUGGACGGGGGAAAGGACUCGCUGUCCAUGGCCGCCGCCGCGGGCGGCGAGACGGUGAUGGCCCCCGGCAACCUGGUGUACUCCCAGCUGGGCGACGAGGCGCCCGAUGUCGACCCCGCGCUCCUGGGCGCCGCCUUCCGCGCCACCCAGGCCCUGCUGGCCACCGCCGACUGCCCCGUCCUGGCCGGGCACGACGUCAGCGACGGCGGCCUGGUCGUCGCCGCGCUGGAGAUGGCCUUUGCCGGCAACUGCGGGCUGGAGCUGGGGCUGGAAGGCGCGGCGCACGCCCGCGACGCGGCGCACGGCGCACUGGCCCCGCUCUUCGCCGAGGAGCUGGGCCUGCUCCUCGAGGUCGCCGCGGGGCGGGAGGGCGAGGUGCUGGCGGCCUACGCGGCCGCCGGCGUGCCCUGCGCGCGCGUGGGCGCCAGCCUGGCGGCCGACGAGGUGCGGCUGGCGGUGGGCGGGGAGGUGGUGGUGGCCGGGGGCGCGCGCGACCUGCGCGACGUCUGGGAGGCCACCUCCUUCGAGCUGGAGAAGCGGCAGACCGCUCUCGAGUGCGUCGAGUCUGAGCGCGCCGCGCUGCGCAGUGCGGAGGCCCCCACCUGGGUCGUGCCUUACGUCCCCGCCUGGACCCCCGCCGACAAGCUGGACGCUGGAGACAAGGUGCGUGUGGCGGUGAUCCGCGAGGAGGGGACCAACGGCGACCGCGAGAUGGCGGCUGCAGUGCAGAUGGCGGGCAUGGAGCCGUGGGACGUCACCAUGUCCGACCUGCUCUCCGGCGCAGCCACCCUGGACUCCUUCCAAGGCAUCAUCUUCCCCGGCGGCUUCAGCUACGCCGACGUGCUGGACUCUGCCAAGGGCUGGGCGGCCACCAUCCGCUUCAACUCCCGCCUGCUGGGCCAGUUCCAGGCCUUCUAUGCCCGCCCCGACACCUUCUCCCUGGGCUGCCGGUGGAGCAGCGUGGCGAUCGACCCCGACACCCCCGCCGUCAUGCUGCGCGGCAUGGGCGGCGCGCGCCUGGGCGUCUGGGUGGCCCACGGCGAGGGCCAGGCCCUGUUCCCCGACGAGGCCGUGCGCCGCGACGUGCUGGACCGCCACCUGGCGCCCAUCCGGUAUGUGGAUGCCGUGGGCAGGGAGACGCAGGAGUACCCCUACAACCCCAAUGGCUCCAGCGACGCCGUGGCCGCGCUGUGCUCGCCCUGCGGGCGCCACCUGGCGCUGAUGCCGCACCCAGAGCGCUGCCUGCAGAUGUGGCAAAACCCGUGGUGGCCCGCAGAGACGGGGCUCAAGCCAACCGACCCCAGCCCCUGGCUCAAGCUCUUCCAGAACGCGGCCGAGUGGGCGGCGUCCGUGCGCAGGGCUUGA